AUGGGAAAAACAACAAUCAUGAAAGGGGAUGAGCUGGAUAAAUUAGAUAUUGAAAGUGUGGUACAAUUAGCUUUAAAGGAUGCACUGAAUGACUUGAAGAUAUUUGGUGUAAAUUAUAUGGUGGACGAAUGGAAAUACCUGGGUAUACCAUUAAUAGAUAUAGAAACAAAGCAGAACACUUGGCAGGACAUCGACCAGAAUGAGCCUGUUGAGUUCGAAAUGGAUCAACUUCAUAGUGACAUUAAUGAGGUUCGAGAAAUAAAGGAGAAUUCUCCUUUUGUACAAACUAAACUUAAGGACAAAGACAUUAUUGUUAAAAAGUCGUCAUUUUGUUGGCUUCUUGACGAAAAUAACGACAAGGUGAGCACAUACCGUUUAAAAAGAUUUAUUGUUAGGAAAAGUGAACAUAAAAAAAUCUCUAAAAAAACCCAAAGGAAAAAAUCCUCCAAACGAAUUUUGAAUAAAAAGACAGAAAAACAGAUCAAACCAUCAUCGUCCUCAACCAAGUCCUCAACAUCUACUACUGAUGAUGAGCAGGUCGAACUGGAUGACUCAACCGACAAUGAAACAUUUAGUUCAGAAUUGGGUUCAGAUUCGGAACCCCAACCGAAAAUUUCUAAGGUCGAAACCGAGAUAGAAACCCUGGAAGUUAAUUAA